AGUGCAGAUAUUUCAAAGGUUUACUGUUUAAAAUAACAAGUCAUGCCUACGUCCGUAUCGUCCUUCGCGAGUUCUGUUGGAUCAGUUACGUCAAGACUUGAACGGGAUUUUAGUGAACUUUCCAGCAGCAAACAGUCACAACGAAAUGGUUCACUGCUCGAUGUAAACCUUGGCGAGUAUGAUGAACAUCAGUGGAAAAAUAGACCUGCCACUCCUUUGUUGGGGAGAAGCUAUUCUGGGUGUUCUAUUAAGCGACGUCGUUGGAUUGGUUCAUCUCAUUUGGAAGAUAUAACAAACGACAUCAAUGGAAGUAUUUCCAAGAUAAGAUUGCCAAUUCUUCGGUACCUUCCUCAGCGUCGUAGAAAUUCUUUAUCUGAUCUGAGAGAUACUCUGGACGGCAUUCCUAAGAGAAACUUAUCUUUGUCGAAUUCGCGUGCUGCUUUGGAUGAUGAGUAUAUUUUCGAAGACGAAGACAAUAAUGAAGCGGCGCGACUGGUUUUGGAAACACUUGAAGACACGAAGCAGAAGAUUGAUCGAAUUCGAGAUUGGGUUAAUGAAGCAUCACGUAUCACAAAUCUGAAGGUUGUAGCCAACAACUCGACAUGGACAGAAAUCAAGCCCAAGAUUUCCUUUAUGAAUUAUUUAUUAGACAGAGCUCACAAGAUUGUCAUGGAUGACAAAAAGCAAGGGUUAUUACGUUCAUUUCCACCGAGAAAAUGCGAUUCUGAUUUCCAACUCGUUCCAGUGGGUAUGCAACAUAGGCGCUCUCAGGAAGAAGUUGAGAAUAAAUGCAAUCAGCAGAACGCAUGGUGUACAGCAAAGAAGCAUACGGACAUUCAUCAGACACCUAAAUCUAAGACUUCAGCAAAUAUAGGGCCCGACGGAGGUGAAUUACGAAUUGGAAACUCAGCAAUUCUAAAGAUACCUGCUGGCGCCUUGAUUGAACCAACGGAAAUAUCAAUCGAGGUCAUUGAUCCAAGAUACACAACCUCAGAAGAAGGAUUCUAUGACAUUACACCAACAGUUCGUUGCUCUCCCGAUGGAUUGACUUUUCCCGAAGAUAAACCAGCUCAUUUAAGUCUUGCCACAUGGGCUCAGAAACCUAUAAAUAUAAAAAACAUGACUGUAACCGCGUUUAGCUAUUCCGACAGGACAGUAGACGAUGCUUUUUCACAAAGUAUUUCCAUUCACAAAAACAAAAUGGUCGAAAUUGAAUGUCAGCAUUUCAGUCGUAAAAAGGUCGCAAUAAAGAAAGAUGAAAACUUUGAUAUCCGUUUGCAGUAUUUUCUAUGCUGUGAUUCUCACGAUAACUUUACCACAGUUUGCAUCGUUUCCGAGGAAUACCACGUUCAAAGCUUCCUUGACAAACAUCGAUUUUGCGAGAUUCUCAUCCCACCAAGUUCUGAAGUUGUGCUCGAAAAAAACCAACGUUUCACUUCUUUACUGGAAGUUUUUCAACCUACAACGUUCAACUUUUUACCAAAUCAUCACCAAAGCUUGGAUAUCAGUGAUAAGUUCCUCAAAGAGAAAGGCGGCUCAAUCAACAGUAUAUUAAGUUAUACGACAGAUGAUCCGGCAAAGAUUAUUUACGACUAUUUUGUCAACGAAUUCCACCAAAAACGAUCUUUGAAAUGGCCGGUCCAGAUUUAUAAAGGUCCGAUGACUGAAAAUCGCAACAUCAUAAAAGAAUUGAACACGAUGGUUUACGGCGAAACGUCGAAGAUAGAUAUCGCUGGCGGAGAAUAUCAGAUCGGGGGCCAACAUUCGUACGGGACUUUUGGAGCGGUAAAGCGAAGAGAAAUAAUCGAAGACAUCAAAACAAGUGGAAUGUCAGAAGCUACAAUAACAAACACAGAAGCAUUGCCAUGCAGAAACAAGAGCAAUGAAAGUGGAACGUCAGAGAAUACACUAACAAACACGAAAGUAUUGUCAUACAGGCAAAACCCUCGUGCCGAAUUGCCUACUCAAAAUGAUUCGGCGAAGACAAUAGAAAAUACGGAAGUAUUGAAAUGCAGCUUACCACCAAAAGUCAAGUCGAAUGGCAUCAUCAUAACGAACGGUCCUGAACAUUUAGAUGAGAAAGAGAAGAAAUCUUCGAGAUCAAAACAUCACAACAAAAAAGCAAAUUGCGUGAUUCAAUAAAAGGAUUCCAUAGUUGAUACUUCGGAUUCUAACCUGUAACACCUGACUCGUUCUUAUAUCUUCGACAUUUCAUUUUUGGAUACGAAGUGAACCUACAAACCGUUUUGCUAAUUAUGACAUUGUUCCAGUAUAAUUUCCCAUGAACUAUGACGUAUUGUUCACCAGCAUUGACAUUACUUUUGAAAUCAACAUAUUAUUUUGCAAUUAACGUAUCAUAUCAUCACCCUCCACUGCCUUGAUAGGCAAUGCCCAAACAAGAACACCAUGGUCUUCUUGAAAAUGUUGGAUUUUGCAAAUUAGUUGCACUUGUUGAGAUCGAAUAUGUCUCAUGACUAUUCAAUCUUUCCAUGUUUGCACAAAUAAGGAAGGGGCGAUGACUCAUAAUUAUAUCAUUCAUAUUAUCAUAUUAUUCAUAUCUUCAGAGAAUUUUGGUGUGAGAUAGAAGGCUAUUUCUUGACUUACUUAUACUCUACACGCUGCUACUAUUGUUCCUUUCUGUGAAACAUUCACGUAAAAAACUACAAAUGUAAUAUUUCUCCCAAUUGUCAACAACUAAAAUCUAAUAUAUAUGGCACCCUAGACAUCUCUGCAUAAUGUAUCUUGCGUUGAAUUAUGAAUAACUUUCAGUUUUAUGUUUGUAAAUACCGGUAAUAGGUGCCUUGCUUAACUUUUUAUGCCAUAUCCAGAAUAUAUAUAUGUACAGCAUACAGGCCCAAUUUUUGUUAUAUCCGGCCCGUUGGGUAAUUCAAUCUGAUCCGCCUGUUGUUGCUGUCACAACCAAACUGAAAUCAAAUUUUGAUGUUUCAGCUAAAAUAGAUCAAGGAAUUUGUUGAGAUUGCGCUUAAAUUUAGU